CGCCGCGCAGGUGAUGGCGCGCUCUGCCACGACGCUGACCGGUGCUCUGCUCAUCGCCACGGUGCUCUGCGGCUCCCUUGGCGCCGGCUCCGCUCAUGAGAUGGUCCCCAGCUUUCUUCAGACGCUUCUUGAAGGCUCUGCCGCGCAGCUGUACGCCGGGCCAAUUUCUCAAUAUAAAGUCGAUGACCUGACCAGAGCUGCUUUGACGGCAUUAAAGGAGUGCAUCGAUGGGCUCUCUCCCGAGCACGUAAAGGCCCUCGUCAAUCUGCUGAAACGUGUUCGGACGGAGGCUUAAAUCGACAAAGUAUUUGCCCCAGCUGCUGGCAACGCUUCUCGCUGAUUUCCAGCUUCUCAUACCCAAAGCCUCUGGGAAAACCAC